AUGUCAUCUAAUUUAACAUCAUCGAUACUCACUGGUAGUAUUGAUCAAUGUAGUAGUGGUUGUACACCUGAUGGUAGUCACGUAGAGUCAUCACCGUUGUCAUCGGUUUCAUUCAAUUUAUCGUCAGACAAUCUGGUGUAUAGAGGUAGUUCAAGACGACAACAUCAACAAUACAGUAAUAGUAAUAGUAAACAACAUAGAGACAGCGAUGCAACAAGCAGUAGUUUUGGCAAUUCAAAUUCACUUCACUCCUAUGCAGGCAUAGAUUUCCUACAACUUACACUCCAACACAAACUUGAUAACACACUAUUCGACCCAUUCACACAGACAGCACUGCACAAUGAACUCUACGAAAUCAUUGAAUUAACCAAUCAAAAUAUAUUUAAUCAACAAUUUACAAAAACAACAAGAACAUCUAAUUCCACAUCUACUUCCACAUCUAAUUCAGCAACAGCAACAACAACAUCGACAAAGAAAUGUAAAACACCCCCAAAUUGUCAUAAAAUUAAAAAUAAUAAUUAUUUUAUAAUUCAAGACUACAGUUUGAUUGUGUUGAGCAAUAAUCACUUCCUUUGGAAUAUAAAGAACUUGGGUAGUUUCAUGUCUAGUUCACCGUUGUUCCAAUCUAACGAAUACCACGAUAAUAUCAAUCAUUUCAGAGAUGACCUCCAUCUGAUACACAGAUUCUACAAGGUGUUGGUCAACGACUUUAUUUUUCAACUUUGUUUUGUUCCAGAGACUAACGCAACCAUCAAACCAGCAACCUCACGUCGACCAUUCAACCAGAUUUCACUUUUCCAAUUCAGCAAACUCUCGAUCUCCAACACCAUCAAAACAAUCACCGAGUUAAAGUUACAAUUCGAACAUCUAGAGAAUCAAUAUAAUCAUCAGCAACAACAACAACAACAAACACCAUCAUUAUCAUCACCGUCAUCAGCCAGUAGAAAUAAUAGUAUUUGUAAUAUUAGAUUAAUAGACAGAUUCCUUCAAUUAUUAUCGAACACAUUGUUCCUCAAUCACUACAAUCCAACAGAAUAUUUAAACCUCUCCAUACUUCAACGAUUUAUAUAUAAUGCACUUUCAAAUUUCACCAGUAGGAUCAGAUUAAAGAUGAUUGAAGAUCAAUUAUUCCAGAAUUUAUUUAAUUUAGAAAGAAGAGAAAUAUUAUUUAUUUGGAUGAUAUUUUGUUCAAAUAAUAGUCAACAAUAUUAUUUGAAUACAUGUAAUCCAUCGGCAUUCAAUUUAUCAUUCAUUUCGAAAUCACCAUUCCUACCAUCACUUUUGGUUGUUUUAAAAGAGAUUUUACGAAAGAUUGAAGUGUACAAAGGAAUUGGAAAUAAGAAACACAUCAAAGCAUACUAUGCACUGAUAGAUAAAAGUGUACCGUCAAUCUACGAUUAUAUGGAGCAAAAAAUAAAAAAAGUUACAAAAUUAUAUAAUUCUAUUUAUCAAGAAGCUAUCGAAGCUUCACAGCACAGUGAUAUCAGAUUUAAUCAAAUAAUCAAAUUGGUAUCAAAUUGGAAUUUAGCAAUGCAGUCUUUUUCUGCAAUAUUUAGUCCUACCGCACCUAAAAUACUUACCAAAAAGCCUAUUGCGAGUGAUUGGCAUCUAAGUGCAUAUCUAAUGUCAUUCUAUUGUGGACUAACAUUUUUCAUACCGAAUCAACCAAAGCUAUUGGAUAGAGUAUCAGGUACUCCACCAUAUUUCUUUGAAUCGAUAAUGUUUAUCAACUAUGAAUUCUGCUUCCCAAAGCUUUCGAGGUACUAUCGUUCUAUCUACGAUGACUAUGCAGAGAAAUUCCGAAAGAUGUCCGAUGAUGACAAGUCAGAUUCUCUCUUGAGGCUAUGGGAUGACUGCUUUGUCAUUGGGGGUGUCUUAUUUUGUACUUCGGAAAAGAUUCUUGCAGUGUCUGUUGGUCAUCUAAAUUAUUUAUUCUCAAUUAAAAUGAAAGAUAACCAAAAAUAUUUCCUUGUUGGUGAUCCAGAGAUAAAGAAUUUCAAAAUAUUCACAUUGUCAGAAAUGUCAAAUAUUGUUUUGGGCGACGUAUUUUAUUUCUCUGGUCCAAAAGCAGAAUAA